AUGCCUGAGAACUCAACGAAAUCCACUCAAAAUCCAGUUCUCUCAUUCAGUAUCACUCAAAUUUUGCAGGUUCCCGGACCAGCUGGACCUCGUGGACCACCCGGUGAGAUGGGACCACGUGGUGAGCCAGGACCCGAUGGACGCCCUGGCCAUCCAGGACGCAAGGGACCACGUGGCCCCGCAGGCCCGAACGGCAAAGAUGGUGCGGCCGGUCACGAUGGACCGAACGGUGAGAAGGGUGAGGACGGCCCGGCCGGACCGAAAGGCAGCUGUGACCAUUGCCCACCGGCCAGAACCGCUCCAGGCUAUUAG